GUUCCUCGACGGCGGCCACGACUCGUCGCUAUGGAGCUAUGGACUCGACUCGUACAAUCCCCGAGCUGAAAUCGUCCUUCAUUAGGGCGCAAGUACGGAUUCUCUCCGAAAACCUCGCGCCGCCCGAAGAUUGGCGAAAUUACGCGGCCGAAACGGAGGAAGAUGAUCUCAGUGAUAAGGUGGUCGGUGAUGUCUUGCAAAAAUUAAAUGCGGUCCUGAAACAGCACAGUCGCAUCGUCUACUCCUCCCAAGCAGUUCAACAUGUUGCACAGCAAAUCACCAGCCUCUACUGGUCCUCCGUGAACGAGACGAUCUCCAAACCCGGCUCUCUACUCAAGGGGGUGGAAAAAUCCGUGGACCUGUCGAGUCAUCUGAAUAUCGCCGAACUCCCACUGGAACUCGAGGACCAAUCUGCAAGCGAGGAAGAGCGGGCGAGGUACCAGCAACUGCGAGAGCGUCUGACUGGCCUGGACAGCCGACGGCAGCAGCGACAACGCCGGUUGGACCAAUUGCGACAGUUGCAACGCUUACUGGAGCCGUUUCAGGAACCCCAGAAAAACAUUCAGCCGAAUCUGGUGGUGCGGGAUGGGGAGCUGGCGCAGGAGUUGGAGAAAAUGAGGAUGUUGGUUGCGCGCGUUGGUGGCCGAAUUGAGCAGGGAAAGAAGAAAACCCACGGCCAAGAGGUGGACACGGCGUAUCUGGGAUGCGACCAGAAACUAGAUGCCCUAUUGGACAUGACGGGAUGAGAACCUUGGACCUUGGAAUACAGGAAUAGACAGGAUAAGACCCGGCUAGAACGGG